CUGCAACUAUCCAAGCUUUCCGAGUUCUCCCUCAGACUGAGCUCACAUUCCCAUCCAGGCCAACCGGACCAUGUCCACCAGUCUGACCACUUGCGAGUGGAAGAAAGUCUUCUAUGAGAAGAUGGAGGUGGCAAAGCCAGCUGACAGCUGGGAGCUCAUCAUAGACCCCAACCUCAAGCCCAACGAGCUGGGCCCAGGCUGGAAGCAGUAUCUAGAGCAGCAUGCCUCAGGCAGGUUCCACUGCUCCUGGUGCUGGCACACCUGGCAGUCUGCUAAUGUAGUCAUCCUCUUCCACAUGCACCUAGACCGUGCCCAGAGGGUUGGUUCGGUGCGCAUGCGCGUGUUCAAGCAGCUGUGCUACCAGUGCGGCACCUCACGGCUGGAUGAGUCGAGCAUGCUGGAGGAGAACAUCGAGGGCCUGGUGGACAACCUCAUCACCAGUCUGCGCGAGCAGUGCUACGACGAAGAUGGUGGCCAGUACCGCAUCCACGUGGCCAGCCGGCCGGACAGCGGGCUGCACCGCAGCGAGUUCUGCGAGGCCUGCCAGGAAGGCAUCGUGCACUGGAAGCCCAGCGAGAAGCUGCUGGAGGAGGACGCCUCCUAUACCGAUGCCUCCAAGAGGAAAGCCCAGGGCAUUUUUGUCUACAACUUCUUCUCAUUUCGCUGGUGUCUGUUUUGGGGUGUCCUCUGCCUGGUUAUUAUCUAUCUGCAGUUCUUCCGGGGCCGCUCUAGCUUCCUUUAGGAGAGCUGGUUGGGGGUGGGGGAGAGGGGACAUGGGUUGAGAGUGAGAAGGACUCGGUCUCCUGAUUCUGGUUCAAGUUCAAUCUAUGACUCUAGUCAUCUGCACCCUGCUCACUCAUCUAGCAAAUGAGGAGUGUGCACUAGGAGAUGCUCGGUGGUCCUUCUACCAAUUUGACAGCAAUGAGAGGAAGGAGGGAGGGGUGGGAAAUUUGGGAGCUUGCUGGGAUUUUGUGUGAGUGCGAAGUCGACAGUGCUGUCUGGUUUCCUUCAUUUCCUGCUCCGCAUCUACCUCCAUUUGUUUUAUGUUCAUAGCCUUGGGUCUUAUCUUGACCCCAGCACAUCUUUGUGCUCACUCUCAGCUCUCGUUAAUUGUCCUUCGUGGUUCCCCUUGGAGAGAGGCAGUGCCACCCCUUACCAUCCAUCCAGUGCACAGGGACAGGGACCGGAUCCUCCUGGGGAUCUGGUUUGUAGCAUUCUGAAAGGCUCAGGAUGUCACUCUGGUGCUAGGGUUGAGAGUGGAGGUACUGAGUAGAAGUCGGGUUGGAUUAGGGGUUCUAACGGUCAGUGGCACAAUGGGGUAGCAAUUGGCUGUUUCAAUUUAAAUUAAUUAAAAUGAAUUAAAAACUGCUCCUUAGUAGGUCCAAGCUCAGCUGGGCUUACACAGAACUUGUCCCCACUGGGGUCAUUGCUCAAUGGCAGACAAGGGUGACUUCUAGGAAGAUGAACACCAAGGGUUUGGGCAUUAAGUACUCCCCAGAGGACUUCCACUCUCUCUGAUUUGUCUACCCUGAAAACCCCAAGGCAACACUGAACAAAAGGACCGGGAUGAAGAGGCGCCAGCCUGCAUCUCUUGCUAAAAUGUGGCUUUGUGUCUAGAAAUAGAUUGCCAGCAUUCUGCCAGGGGAUAGGUCAUGUCUCAGACGGCCAGGAAAGCUGGGGCAUUUGGCCACUGCAUCAUCAGAGGGAGGAGAUACUGCUGAAGAUGGAUGCAGGGCGAGGAAGCUAGAACAGAAGAGAAACGCUGAGGCAGGGGCAUUGCCAGAAGAAAACUGUUCUACCAGAUAGGUUUUCUCAGUAAAUGAUUUCUGCGUUUUCAUAUUUAACUAGAGUGAUCGUCCCCUGACUUGGCAUGCCACCCUGACCACUGCAAUGCUUUUAUCUUUCCAGGACAGAGGGAGUACAUUAUAUUUGUUUCCAAGACUUGUUUCUUCUUUAAUUAAUGGAAAUUGAAUUUUCAUGCCUCUACAACCAGCACUCCAUACUUCACUACUAAAACAUUGGCUGCUUUCCUGUUUGCAUCUACUCCAUGUGCCUGUGACACUUUAUAACCUCCUUUUCUGUAAUUGUUCUGCUUAUCGAAAAUGGGAGCUUCACUCUAGUAUUUUCCUUACACGUGUACUAUGUAUUUUGAUCACAUUCCUGUCUCUUCAACCCCUGUCUUCUUGUCCCCAAGUGAUCCCUUUACUGCUUUUAUAUCUGUGUUUUAAAAUUUCCGUUUCACACAUGAGGGGAAGUGUAUGACAUCUUUCUCUCUUAGUCUAACUUACUUAGCUUAAUAUGUUCUCCAGUCCCAUCCAUUUCCCAGUACAUGGCAUUAUUUCAUUUUUCCUUCUGACUGACUAUAUCCCAUUGUGCACACUUUACUCGUUUUUUCAUCCAUUGAUCUCUUAAUAGAUACCUAGUCUAAUUUAAUAAUGUGGCAUUGUGAGUAGUGUCAUAAUAAACAUGGAUGUGUAGGUA